CUACGGAAUGGGAGCACGUCCAGCUCGCGGUCGCUCAGACGAGAUAAAGAACGGGACCGCGAACGCGAAGCAUCGCGGGGGUCGCCCAGCUUGGGCGGCGAGCCCUCGACAUCGAAGAAGGCCGCCGCUGCGACCAACGGCCACGCAAGCCCAUCGACGCCGGUGGGCUCGACAAAGGAGCUACCAGGUUCGACAACGAAGAGUGCUUCGAAAAGCAAGAGCGUCGCCCCUCAGCCGCGCAUACGGACGAACCCCCAUCUGACGAACGAUCCGAAUGCGGAGCCCGCGCCCGCGGCGGUCAUGUACUGGAGUCGUGCGCCGGUGUACGGUGCGCUGCCCAUGCGCGGGAUGCGUGCCCAUAGUGUGACGCUGGUUGACAACGUCGCGUGGCUGUUCGGCGGGUGCGACGAUAAGGGGUGCUGGCAGGAUGUGUACUGCUUCGACACAGAAACGCUACAAUGGUCACAUCCAGAAAUGGUCGGCGACAUCCCCCCGCCGUGCCGCGCACAUACAGCGACGCUGGUGGACAAACGACUAGUCAUCUUCGGUGGUGGGCAGGGCCCCGUGUACUACAAUAACGUCUACAUCCUCGACACCGUCACGCGGCGGUGGACACAACCCGUCUUUCCGCAGGAUGCGCAGGGACCCGCACCCCGACGAGCGCACACCGCGGUGUUGUGGAAGGGCAAGCUGUGGGUGUUUGGCGGCGGAAACGGGAUGCAGGCCCUAAACGACCUGUGGACGCUGGACGUCACGGGGCCUGUGGAGCGGAUGCGCUGGGAACCUAUCGAGACAUAUGGCAGGAAACCAAAUCCGCGCGGGUAUCACACCGCGAAUUUAGUAGGCGAUGUCAUGAUCAUCGUAGGCGGGAGCGAUGGCAGGGAGUGUUUCUCGGAUAUUUGGUGCUUAAAUCUGCUAAAUCGAACGUGGACUGAGAUCAAGGUCGCAACGUCGUAUCGCAGACUGUCACAUAGCUCUACGCAGAUCGGCUCUUUCCUAUUUAUCACAGGCGGCCACGACGGCACAAAAUACACAUCUGAUCUCCUCCUUCUUGACCUCGUAUCCAUGCAAUACGAGCCCCGCAAAACGCUUGGCAAACCCCCUUCCCCGCGGGGCUACCACGUCUCCAUCCAGGCCGACUGCCGGCUGUUCAUCUUCGGCGGGUUCAACGGGCACGACGUCUACGACGACGUGCACAUGCUCGACCUCGCGGGCGCGGCGUACCUGCCCCAGGUGGCUGCGUUCAAGGUCGACAUCUAGUCGGCUCGUUAUGGUCAUGAUCUUACGAUACUGGAUGACUUGGCACUAUCACUAUUGUUGGCACUCUCCCCAUGACACUAUCGUCCAUCCACAAGUAUGGUAUUAGUUCGUAUAAUGUUGAGGAUACAUUUUUAUUUUAGUGAGUGACAAGUAUGUGGUGUGUCUUGGCUUGACUCUCGGGUUUGGAGAUCUUGCUCGUUAACGUUUCUCGGUCUUCGGUACCGGAUACGGUCCUUAUUGCUGGAAGGCAUUCUUUUGCUUCUUGUUUUGUUUUCUUUCGUAUUGCUAUUGUGCAUUCACGUCUCAUUCGUUCAGAACUGCAUCCAUACCCACGUCGCUCCCGCUUCCUCUACAAACAAGGCACUCCGUAUUAUGUUGUACAUCCUAUCUGCACAUUCUAGUCCGAGCCAAUACAUCACUAUCUAUCCUUCCCGUAUGGGCAAUAAUUUAAAUGAUAGCAAGGAAUGUGGUGAAGUCUAAGGAUUGUGCCGUGGUCCGAAGUCAGUCGGCCAUGCCUUACUGGAUGUAGUUGUUCUCGACCAGCUUGGUGUUG